AUGUUAUCGACAUUAGUGGCGAUUCCGAGCGCACCACGGCUGACUAGUAAGAUAGUUGGGUCGUCUAUUAUACUUGAUGUGCCAUACGAAGAUUUGAUCUUGAUUCAAGAAAGUUUUGAUAAUGAUAGUAUACCAAUUAGUGGUAAGAUUAAAUUAGAAUUGAAGAGUAAAUUAAACGUUUAUAGAGUGAAACUACGACUCAUCGGUGCGUUUAAAUUGGAUUUUCUACAAAUUAGUAAGAAUCAAUCGAAGAAUUCAUUGGUGUCUAUAGUGAAAGAACGUAAGAAUUUUCUUGAAUGUUAUUGGGAUAAUUUAUUAGUGGACUCCAAUGGAGAUGUAAUAGUACAUAAUUUCAAGAAAGUUGGUAGUAAAAAUAAGAAUAAAAGAUGGAAUAAGAAGAAAAUACCAUUUCUACGUAAAAAUGGUAGUAAUAAUUUCAAUAUUGGACCAGGAGAAUUAGAAUUACCAUUCAACAUUGAAUUGCCCGGAGAUAUACCUGAGACCGUGGAAGGGUUGCAAAGUGUGUCUAUAUUGUACAAUUUUGAGUUGAUAGUGGAAGACGAUUCGAUAAAUGAUGAAAGUCGACAGAUAUACUCUGAUUACAGAUACUUACGUAUAUUGAAGACGAUAUCCGGUGAUAAUAUGGCCAUUCAUGAAGAGAUGAGUAUGGGGAAGACAAUACCGGGGAAAUUACAAUAUGAGUUAAAGAUUCCCAGUAGGGCGCUUGCUAUUGGUAGUAAGAUUCCCUUGAGUAUAAAGAUUUUCCCAUUUGAAAAGAGAAAUUUUCAAAUGAAUAAGAUUAGUGUUACUAUGAUGCAAGAAUACUGGAUGAAAGACUUAUCGGAUGAGAUAUAUUUUGAUAAGACUAUUGUAUUUAAACAAUCGAUGAAUGAUUUUGGUAAUUUGGUUGAACAAGGCAGUAAUAGACUAAUUGAUAUUUUUCAAUUAAAUAGUGAAUUGGAAAUUCCUGAUAAUUUGAAGCGAAUUACACAGGAUUGUCAAUUACCAAAUAGUUUACUUGAAGUAAGACAUAAACUAAUUUUCCAAAUUAGUUUGUUUGAUCAUUCAAGCAAUAAGGGUAUUGAAAUUAAAGCAAAUAUUCCCGUGUUAGUGUACAUAUCUCCGACGGUCGAAAUGAAGGGAAGACUCGUGUUAUUCGAUAGAAACACCGGUAAGAUUCAUUUCAGAACUGGGGAGUUGGUACCGUUGUUUGUUAGCGACAGAAGCCGCCAUGACGGCGAUAAUGCGUCGGUGAUUGUAGGUACAGCCGACACGUGUCCAGUGGGGCAUUUUAUGCCCCAACAUCAACUGCCGCCGCUACCGCCACCAAAUUACGAGGAGCGUGUCCGGGACAGAUUGAUGGUUAUUGCGCAUAAUAACAGUAAUAGUAGUAAUGAUUUCGACGAAUCCACGGAUCGUACGAAUGAUUAUGAUGAAUUGGCGAGACAGGAAGUGCCGACGUAUGAAGAGACGAUGUUGAGGCCCGUCGAAUGA